UUCGCCUUAUUGUCAAUGUCUUGCCGUCGUAAGUAUUGUGAUAAACCUUAAAUAAUUCCAACUUUCCACAUCCAUCUACAAUGGAACCCAACUCUCUUCACCAAAAUCUUUGAUAUUCGUACACGGUAGGGGAUUAUUGCAAAUUAUCGAUAAUGCCUUGGAAUGAUCGACCUCGGUUCGGCCAACGAGAGAUCAAUACAAACAAUGGAGACCGACCCUCUCUCGUGAUCAGCCCAGAAAACGGAGCACUGAGCGUCCGAGUGGCUUAGGGAAAAAUCGUUUCCAGAUAAACAACCAAUCAGCCAAUUCUUGCAACGAAGACGUCAAUGCUAAACUCUCGAGUCUUUAAAGUUCAGUCCUCGAAUGGUUCAAAUUUCCCAGCCCACUUUGUUUCCAAGUUUGAGUUCCAAAGACAAUUGAUUUAUAUCUCGUAAUUGCUCAAUUCUGUUGUACAUUAUACAAGACCUAAAAAUGCCGAUUAUUCGAAAUCCAUUCACAAGGAAACAGGAUGCUGGGCUGCAGCCAUCUCAAGACCAAAAUGUAUCUCCCCGCCCUUCCUUCGAACGAGUUUCUACACAAGCCUCUCGAGCAUCUUCGAUGAGUAUCAAAACGGCGAAGAGCGAAGAACCUCCGGAGUAUAAAAUGAGUGUUGUAAACGAUAGUGGCGUGUAUCUACCUCCGUCCCCGCCGGAAAAGAAAAGUUUCUGGCCUCGCAGCAAGAGCAAUCUUUCUGCAACCUCAAUCAACACCCGAACGACCUCAAAUGAUGCGAUUGAUCCUUUCCCAAUUUCAAGAGAGUCGUUUGAUUCGUACAGAAGAUCAUUUGAUAUCUCAGCUAGAUCGCCCAUAAGCCCCAUCGAUGGACACGGUGGACGACAAAGUCUUGAUUCAGCAAGACUACCUCGAAUGCAGCGGUCCGCUAUUGGUGAUAGACGAUUCGACAGACAGCCACCAACGGCCGAAGAAGGAUUCGAAGAUGUAGGGCUGAAUGAUGGCGCCAAUGACCCCGCCAAACAGAUCAAAAAGAAGGGAUUCUUUUCGAAAUUUGGCGAUGAAGCACUCCCAUCAUUUCAUAUGCCAGGUAGAAAGCGUGGCCAAAGUGGUACAGGAGAAGAGCUUGGGAAUAUCCCCAAACCAAGCAACACGACUCCAAAGGUCGAGAUAGAUGAGGCUCGCUAGGGCGUAAUGAUGAGUUUGAAUCUUCUGGAAAGGAGAAAUUAAUAGGCAUUUGGAUUGAAUUUUUGUAUAUACUGCACUAGUAUACCUACAAUCGCUUGGGAACUGGUCUUAGAAGUAUUGCGGCGAGGGCCGUACAUCAAUUCCAGAUGCUACAAAGCUGCUGGUAUAAUGAUAAUGUAAAACUUUAAUAACACACGGC